AUGACAGCCAUUGCCUUUUUCGGAGCAACCGGUGGCUGCACCAACGCAUGCCUGACCUACACCCUUCUCAACGGUUACAACGCCAGAGCGCUAGUCCGCACGCCCUCGAAACUCACGACACUGCUCCUCUCACAGCCUGACAUAACACAAGAUAUUCUCUCUCGCCAGCUGGAGAUCAUCGAAGGCGACGCAACGGACGUAGAAAGCAUCAAGAAAACCCUCAUCACAAACUCCAACGCACCCAAUGGCGCAUGUACUCUCGUAACAAGCGUGAUCUCCGGCCUGGGCGGCGCACCGACAAUUUCCUUCACCAAAGAAACAAAAUGCGCAAAGACUCAGAUCCGUACUCCUGCUCUGCCACACAUUAAGCUCUCGAACCCGCACAUCACAGAACAGUCGACGCGCGCGCUGCUGACGGCGCUGGCGCAGAUUGCUUCUGAGCGUUUUGCCUCGCUCGGGGCGUAUCGUGCCGUUGCACCGCGGGUCACUGUGAUCUCCACCACAGGGAGUUCAGGUAGUAAUACCGAUGUGCCGUUCUGGUUUAGACCUAUGUACUCUGUGCUCUUGCCGAUUCCGCAUGCGGAUAAGCUGCAGAUGGAGAACUUGCUUGAUGAGGAGGUUGGACUGGGCUGUGCCGGGGUGCUUGCUGCUGGAGUUGUUGUUGUGAGGCCCAGUCUUUUAACGGGGGAUCAUCGGGUUCCUACUGUUCGUGAGGGGAAGGGGGGUGAAGGGGUGGGGCUGGAAAAAGUGAGGGUUGGGACGGAGAGGGCCCCUGCUAUUGGGUAUACGAUUUCACGGGGUUUGGUUGGGGAGUGGAUUUUUGAGGAGAUUGUUAGGGGUGGUGGAGGGAAAUGGGUUGGGGAGAAGGUCACUAUCACUACUUGA